ACGCGAGGCGUAUGUUUUGUUGCAGUCAUGGGAUUCCGGAAACAUGACUUCUGCAUCAAUCACAAACAGCACGGCUGCAACAGGCCGUCUCCUACCGCUAGAAGCGGCGGCGCCCGCAGAGGCCCGCGGUACCCUGAGGACCCGGACCAUCUCGGAGGACUCAACAUGUUCUUCAGAAGCACCACCACGACGGCGCGGCGGUCGUCAGAAGCGCUCCACCAAUCCCAACUCAGGGCGCCGCCCCAACGGCCGCGCACGGCAGGCGGCUCCAGCAGGACGCUUGUGGCAGUUUCUGUUGCGUCUACUGAAUGAUGCGCAGUACAGCCCAGCGGUCAUCCGCUGGGAGGACAAGGAAAACGGGGUUUUCUGUUUCGUGCACGGGCAUCGGGUGGCUGAGAUGUGGGGCCAGCACAAGGGCAAUCAGGCCAUGAAUUAUGAGAAGAUGACCCGCACCAUGAGUAGGUUAACAUACAUUUUUAAGACCUUCGGCCUCGGCAAUAGCUCGCGCCUUGUUUCAUCCAGGACUGGACCAAAGGACCAACUGGACCAACAUGUUUACAAUUCAGCUGAUAGGGAUUCUGAAAACGAGAAAGGACCAUUUUGUUGA